AGGGGCAAGUACCAACAUGCCCAUAUUACGGGACUUCCAAGUAGAUUGUAACAAUAUAUAAAAGUCGGAAAUGGCUCUAUAACCGCGGAGGUGUCUGCCGGCAAUGUAGCGACGAUGCGUGGAACAGGAAUCAGUUCUUUAGCGGAAAUAAUUUCACGUGUAACAUUUAAAAUGAGCUAUUUACGUCAUAAAUUAAGUGGUGUUAUUCUUCGUUAAAGCUACACGAUACAGCAGUGGACACGUUAUUCUAACUGCCUGCUUAUUUUUCAUAUACCGCGUUACACCAACGCCUAUCCAGAAUGAGCAUGUGUAAAGUCAUGAAAGAUGGCCAUUUGGAGAAGAGGAGUAAUGGACUUCUACAGCUGUGGAAGAAGAAGCGUUGUGUCCUCACGGAGGACGGACUCUGUCUGUACGACUGUAAAGGCGACAACAGUAAAGAGAUGCGCUUCGAGGAGAUGAGCACGCUGGACUGCGUGGAGUAUAAGCGGGGUCUGGUGUACUUCACUAUCGUGAUGAACGGCGGUAAAGAGAUUGACUUCAGGUGCCAGCAGGAGGGAACGGCGUGGAACGCGGAGAUUGCGCUCGCGCUGGUGCGAUUCAAAAACCGCGUCGCCGUUCAGACCGGCAGGAAAAGACACAUGUCACAUCUGGGAAGCUGCGGGGAGGGAGAUGUCGAGCUUUGACUCAACGGCUGAGGAAUUCUUCAGCACAGACAAAGGAUCCUAAAAAGAGUGUGAGACUGUGGACGAGAAAGGGAAGGCAUUUGGAAGCCCAGUGUUAAGGAAACUCCAGACGAAAGGUUUAUUCCAAACUUAAAAACCACAGAGAAGUUUGAAGACUUUUUUGCACUUCCACCAUUUUCUAAAGUGAUAUUCACAUCUCUUUGUAAAUGACUCCUUGGAUGGAAUUAUACGCAUUGGUGUUAUGCCAUGGAUAAUCUUUUAAAAUCAUUGGAGUUAUUUUGCUUGACCUUUUGUUGCAAAGCCAAUGGCAAUAGAGAGACCCCAUGGAUUUCUCUUCACCAUAAUUCAGCAUGCAUGCAAAUUUACAGCAGAGUGUCAGAGUGUACAUUUUUAAAAUACAUUUUUGGUUUACCUCCUAAUUGGAGGACUCCAUUUUUGGCUCACUGUCAGUAUUAAGUAUGAUGCUGCUUUUGAAGUCAUUAACCAUAAAUGAAGUAUGACUCACAGCCCCUGUGAUGCACUGGUUAACAUUUCAUAAGUGUUUAAAAGCAGAAUCUGGAUUUAUUCAGUUGUAAAGGCUUUUCAACAGCAGAAAACGCACGCCAGGAAGACUUGCCUGCUGUUUCUUGGAAUGUAUCCGACUGAGUGGAAAACAAGGUUGAUGGCUAGGCAAUGCUGUUAUUAUCUUUUUGCAAUUUUUCCAUAUUCUGUACUCUACGUAACCUGAACAGUUGCCAAAGUUUGAAAAUAAUCUUCUGUAUAAUAGUUAAAAAAAGAACAAUCUAAAGAAUUGCUUUUGAAUUCUGCACAAAGUUCAUUAUGUUAUAAGUUAGACCCAAAUAAAAAAAUACUUUGGCUUUGUAAGGCAUAUUAGUGUGUAUCUCUUUUAAUUAGUUUGUAAUGGCCCAAGGCAACAGCAGAAUAUGUUAUACUAAUUAGAAGCCCAUGACUAUAGAGGCUGCAGUAGUUCUGUAUGUUAAGUGCAGCUUACAGUUGCCCUGCUUACCCGAAUCUCAACCUCAAGUGCCUCUGCGGCACAUGCCCGGACAAUGGCCUCACUGACUAAUAGUGUCCCGCCUUUCCUGCUUUCUUGAGUCAUCAGUUUGAAGCCAUCAAAGAAGUUGUCAAACAGGGAUUUUUUCUUCAGGGUGAAUAUGUUUUGCCAUUGUGCAUUAUGGAAGUUAAGUUAUAGUUCUUAAAAUGCACUCCUGCAGUAACAAAGAGUGGCUUGUGAAUUGAGCUGAAGUGUGUAUUUUGUUUUAGUUAAAAUACUUUCUCUUUUUAUUAGCCGGGACAUCCCAUAUUUAGGACAAAAUUAUGACAUCCCUCUUAUCCUGUACUUCACAGAUAGAUAGUGAAACACUGUCCCGACAAAUGGCUGUCCCAUAAGCACUCAAAAUGCUAAAAAAGUCUCAUUUUGAAGUGGCAAAAUGCUCAUUCAGUAUACAUUCAGUAUAAUUUAUAUGAUGCUGCAUCCACACAGCUAUGGUACCUAUGGUUCCUUUCCAUGAAUGAAAAAUGUAAUUACUGACUGUUAAAGAUCUGCUAACGUCACUAAUAAUCUAAAAACCACAGAUGGAGAAGUCAGAUUGUAUGGAAAUCCAAUCGGCGACCCAAAAUGGAGCCGCAGGUCUGUUCUGAUCUGUCUGCAUCUAACCAUAAUUAUAUAUAGUAGGAUAGCAGAAUAAGAAAACACUGUCAAUGUCUUUUGUUGAUUUCAAAGGAUGUGCGGCAAAUAAAACUCUACAUUAU